AUGAUCUCCUGCAGCAGGAGUGUGAGAAAGAGAGCUGGCAAACGCCGGCAGGCCGCGUCCAAGAAGAAGCCCUCCAAACGGGCCAACCCUACCCGAACGGGUUCUUCCAUGGGCCUCGCCAACGGCCCCGGCGUGCCAUUGCUGCGCUCCCAACGUAGCCAGCGCUCCCGCUCCCAACGUAGCCAGCGCUCCCGCUCCCAAACCCGUUCUGUCGCCCAUCCGAAUCCGGCCUGCCCGGCGCAGGUGGACCCUGACUCCGACACGUCUGGCACCUUCGCGCUGCCGUGCCCUUCCCAAACGCGUCAACCUCGCGUCACGAAAAAAAACCCGUCACGUGCCCCGGUUGGUCUCGCUGUUGAGCCUCUGGCAGAAGAGGUGCCGAGGUACGCGCAGGACGCCAGCGGGGAUAGUGGCCGUAUCCUUCCUGCUGCCGGUAUAGCCUCUCCUAAUGUUGUGGACGACUACUUGCAACUGGACAUGACAGACACUGUCGUCGCUGGGGAGGACCCUCCUCAAGACCUGUUGCUGGUCCACACUCAACCACUUCAUAUGGCUCCAAACGCGCUUCUGCAUGAUAAAGUUGAUGAGUUUUGGGGCUCCCGGUCUCUGUCCCCGAUUUGUUCACAGUUUUCUGAUGGUUUCCACGACUCUCUCCCGGAGUUUGGCCACGUCGAUAACGUGACAACGGAUCCCGAAGCGAAAAUACCAAGAGAUCCACCUUUUCCGGUCACUCAGUUGAUGACGGCAGCCACUGACCUGGCUAAACCGUCGUCCGAGGCGGCUGCGCGAGAAGCAAAUCCCCCAAUGAUUCUCACACCGGAAGAUUCGUUUGUUCUAUAUAUCACUCGGAAGCUCUCCAGGUACUGUGGCUACGUGGCCAACGAGCCCACCCACUGCGACAAAAUGCGACUCCAAGAAAUUUCAUAUCGCUUAAGCAAGACUACUUUCAACGGCUAA